AUGCUGCCCACCCGCAUCGGGUGGCACUGCCACGCCGGUUUCCUUGCUGAUGCUGAUGCCAAAGUCAAUCCCCCGAUGCCACGGCUGCUCCGCUGGAAAAGCCGGGCGCUUCCCCGGCCCUCGGGAGGAUGCAGGCGGCGAAGCAAACGCGGGAAGGGCAGCACAACCACGGUUUGCGAUUUAGACUCGUACCAGGUCUCCACCUGCUCUGAUUAUCCUUUUAAACUAAUAACCCCCGUGUUGUUUAUCCAUGUCUGUAUCUGUUGCCAGAUUUCCCUGUGGUCCCUCUUGGUGACUCUGGUGACCCUGUUCAUCCUGACUGGGACCAUGCUGGGCCCGGAUCUGAUGGCACAUAUUCCUGCAUCUGUCUACGCCAUUGCGGUGCUGAUGCCUCUGGCGGGGUAUGCCUUGGGAUAUGGCUUAGCCACGGUCUUUAAAAUGCCCCCGCACUGCAGGAGAACAGUGUCUUUGGAAACAGGGUGCCAAAACGUCCAGCUCUGCACCGCCAUCCUAAAGCUCACCUUCCCCCCAGAGCUGAUAGGGAGCAUGUACAUGUUUCCCUUGCUUUACGCACUUUUUCAGUCAGCAGAAGCAGGACUCUUUGUGCUGAUAUACAAGAUGUGUGGGAAAGACAGCUACAAGCAAGAUCCGCUCGGUGAAGAGGAAGACACAGAUAUUUCCUACAGGAAGCUGAAGGAAGAGGAGGUGGCCGAUACUUCAUACGGCACAGUGGCCACAGAGGAACAGAACUCCGUUCAGAUGGAGCCGACGCAGACGGUGCUUUAGGCGAGAUGAGGAGGCAACACCCGGGGCUGUGUGGUGUGUGUUGUGCUUGCAACCAGGCCGGGGCUGCGCUCGCCACUGCACAAGCGGAGCCGCCCGGCCUCCAUCAUUUCUCCAGCCACUCCCAUUGUACAAGGUGAUGUGUGUUUAUUACUGUGACAGUUGUAUUUCCUCAAAAACACUUAUGAAAAAAAUUUUAAAGAGCAAAGAAGUAUCACUGCAACGCAAAUAACCAUACGUCUUCAGGCAAGGAGGCUGCUGCCCACCCGAGCGCAGCAGGAGUGGGUAGGAGGAAAGGAGACCGGCGUUUUGCAGAGGCGAAGCCAACGCGGCGCUGUGCCAGUGCGGACGAACGGGCAAACCACCCACCUUGCGCGCGCGUGCCUCCGUGCCUCCCGCCCGCUGUAAAAGCAUCGUGCUCGUUGUUCUCACCGCAAAUACAUGGCGAAGCUGAACCAAA